CUUUUUGAAGUAAAGUAUGCCGUGAACUGAGCUGAGUGUACUAUUAUUUUAAAUAUAGAGAGUUGGUUAAAUAACUUUUGCAGUAUAUAUUAGCAUUUUCUCUAUGGCUCAGGAAGUAAGCGACUUGAAAAAAGUAGAUGAUGUCUCCAACGAUGAGGAGCCCUACACAUUAACUGAAGAAUGCCAAUUGAUGGGAUUUGUUCAGGUGAAAAAAAAUCGCAAAAAAGAGUUCAAAUCACGUUAUGGAGUUAUUAGCUAUGGGACUCUUUUCUGGUUUAAAAGUUCUUCUGAUGUAAGCCCAUGUGGAAAAUUUGAUCUUCAAUCUUGCAAAAUUAGCGAUGUUUUGGAGGCCGAAAAAAAACAAUUUGUGAUCGAGAUUCAGAAUCAACAAUCAAUAUUUUUGGCGUUUUCCAGUCUUGCUGACAAGCAAAAAUGGGUGGAAGGACUUCAAGCGGCUACUUCUAAGGAUCCAGUUGAAUCUGUUGACCGUAAAGUUAUCGAAAUUAAGAAGCAAAGCUUUGGUAUUCGCGCGAAAAAACACUUGGCAGGUGAAUUUGUCACAAGCAAAGUAGGAAAGCAUGUCGUGAAAAAUAUGAUGAAUGACGAUCUUAACUCAUUGAUUAAGGCAUUUAAUUUUAUUGUGAUGAAAAUUGAUGGCAAAAAAAAAGCGGAUGAAAUAGCUAAAAAUAUUACCAAACUAGUGACAAAGGCAUACUUAUUAACUGAAAAUAAAAAGCUUGCAGAUGAUGCGUUUCUAGCAGCAGACAAACCACUUCGAGAGUCCUUUGAAUUGAUGAUUAAGUGCUUUAGAGGAAAACGACGUGUCAGAGAAUGCGUGCUACUAGAGGCCCUGGAAACGGUAAUAGAAUCCCUUAAGAAGGUUGAAAAGAUUAUCACAGAAAUUUUGCAUCCGUUUUUAACUCCGAAGAGCAUGUUCCGUUUAGCGUCUGUGUUUGGGUACAUCACAUCUAUAGAAUUCUUGAAAAAAGUUUUUUCAGAUGAAGACUUAGAUGAGGAACUCGACAAACUCAUCGAUGCUAUGCAGUACUAUACACAAUUUGAUUUGACAUGAUGUGGGAGUAUAGGAACAAGGUAUACAAUAUAUGGUUUUUAACAUUUCUGAAAGUUCAUUUUAUUGUUUUCGCUAUACAGAAUAAGCUUUGACGUAGCAUUUCUAUGACAAGAGUACUUUUUAUUGAUCUAAAAGUGGAGUGAAACAACUGGGAAUGAUCUUCAAAACACCAAAGAAGAAACCGGUUCCUGAUUAUAAGGUUUCCGAUGAUAAAAUAUACAAUUAU